AUGGCAGAGGAACUACAAAAAGUUCAUUUGUAUUAUGACGAAAUUAACAAAGUCAAAGUUAUAGAAAAUAAUGUUUAUAAAGAAACACAAGAUUUACAAGAAAACUGUAAGGAUUACGAAAAUAAAGUCCGUGAUUUUGGCAAUAUUAUUGGGUCAUUGUUGGAUAUGUUGAAUAAGUUGGGAGAAAAUGUUGAAAAACAAAAAAUGGCAGCCAUUGGCGCCACUAAUCUAUUGAAGUCAAUAGAAAAAGAUAGAGAAAGUGAACAAGCAAGAUUACAAGCUGAGAUAAGUGAUAAAUCAUUAAUUCUAGAACAAUUGGACAGCGAAUAUGAUGCUCUUCAAAUCCUGGACGCCACUCAAUCAGAGACGGUCGAAUACUUGACGCAACUACGAUAA